GGCAUAACUGCCACUACCUGUCAGUUUACACUCUAGUGUUAUCUUUAAGUAAAACUUGUUCUUAAGAUUUAUUUUUACAAUUUUCUUCACACAUGCUUCCUUUUUUAAAAAUACCAGUUUAAUAAUGCCUACAAUACUGCCUCAGAGUAGUCAUUUUCUGCAUUGUUUUGUUCUUCCUUGUCCUUUGGCGCCAUCUCAUGGAAGCUUUUGUUCUCUCUCCUCCAACACAGAAGAAGAAACUUCACUGUAACCAGGCAACCAAAGAGAAGCGAAUAACUAUCACCGCUGGUCAACUGACGUCUUGACAAAAUACAUUUUACAAACUAAUCAUCACCAACAUGUCCUAUACUACUGAUAACUACUCCAAACCGAAGUCCAUGAGCAGAGCCAAAGGAUGGACGGCAGAUGUGGAAAACCUAUUCAGAUUCCAGCAGGCCGGCUACAGAGAUGAAAUGGAGUACUUACAAGUCAAACAAGGGACCUUGAUUGACAAAUGGCCAGAGAGCGGCUUUGUGAAGAAGCUCCAACGUCGAGACAACACGUUUUAUUACUACAGCCGGAAAAGGGAAUGUGAGGACCGUGAUGUCAACAAAGUCAAAGUGUAUGCAUAUUAAGGUCUUCUGGCCUCCAUCAUCAGUAUGAUAACAUAGCCUUUCGACACACACUAUAGUCACAGAUACACCCCCUUUGAAGAAUAAGAUGACCUCUGUUUUCAAUAAAGGAAUUUUGUAACUGCACAAGAGUUGCUUUGUAAUGCAGUAAUGCACAGAGCCCCUUUUAUCAAACGUGUGUGUAGGAUUUAGGGUGAUUUAUUCGCAGUAAUGAAAUAUAAUAAUGUUUUCAUUAGUGUAUAAUCACCUGAAACUAAGAACUAUUGUGUUUUCAUUAGCUUAGAAUGAGCCCUUCAUAUCUACAUAGAGAGUGGGUCCUCCUCAACGCAGUCUGCCAUGUUUUUACAGUAGACUGAGGUGGAACUAAUGGGGCUUACACUGUGUUUAAUUAUCCUUGUGAUAAAGGCUCAUUUUAGGGUUAAAUAUUCUCAAAAAAGAGACUUUUAAUUUAAGUCAUUCUGUAAUUGCAGUUGUAUUGCACUAGUUAAAACAAAUUAGUCAUAAUAGCAGUUUGAAUUGUGUGUAGGGUAUUAAUGUUUAAUGAGAGCAAUUUAAUGCGUUCAGUUUUAAUUACAUCAUCGCAGUAACCAAACUUUUUUUUUUUUACUAUGUUAAACUACAGGGUUUAAUGAAGAGAGAUUGCAUGCCCACUCACUGUAACAUCCAUGGCCUGUUUAAAAAUGUGAGGGAAGUUUUACUUUUCUGGGAUUAAACACUUGGCAUGUCACACUAUCCUCAUGUGAUGGUAACAUGAGGGGUGAGAUUAUA